AUGGCCAAGGACCUUGCCACGGCUCGCAAAGGUUCCAAGGUGCUUGGAAUUGGGUCGGUCGAUGUUCGUAGCUUUGAGAGUCUCAAGAAGGCUGUAGAUCGAUGCGUCGAGGAGCUAGGAGCUAUCGACUUCGUUAUUGCUGGGGCAGCUGGAAACUUCCUAGCCUCGAUCAAUCAGCUGUCUGUAAAUGCCUUUAAAGCCGUCAUGGACAUUGAUGUGUUAGGCUCAUUCAAUACAUUGAAAGCAACGAUACCCCAUCUAGUUGAGUCCGCUGUAAAGCAUCGGUCUGAUGGAACCACUCCAUCGCCGACCGGGACAGGCGGAAGGAUCAUCUUCGUCAGUGCCACUAUUCACUAUACUGGCAUGCCUAUGCAGACACACGUCUCUGUUGCAAAGGCAGGUGUGGACGCGCUUUCGAACAGUGUGGCAAUCGAAUUUGGGCCUGUAGGAGUGACAUCCAAUGUUAUCAGCCCAGGCCCAAUUGGAGAGACAGAGGGCAUGAAACGUCUUGCUACGGAAGAUGCAAAGAAAAGCAAUGAGGCUGCUAUCCCGCUUGGCCGUUAUGGUUCUGUCAAAGAGAUUGCAGAUGCAACUAUAUAUAUAUUCUCAGACUCUGGGAACUAUAUCAAUGCUUCCACUGUUGUUGUUGAUGGAGGAGCCUGGCGCCUGCAGGCUGCUGGAAUAUCAGGCAGUGGCUUCUCGUAUCCUGACUUCCUCCUGUCAGGCAUGGAAGUCAAAGGUGUCUCGGGACAAAAGCAGAAGCCAAAGCUUUGA